AUGGCCAAAGGUCCAGCUGCUGCCCCCGCGCAAAGCGGCAUCUACAGCGCGACAUAUAGUGGUGUCCCUGUGUAUGAGUUCCAAUUUGGCGAUGACCUGAAAGAGCAUGUGAUGCGGCGGCGGCAGGACAACUGGAUCAAUGCAACACAUAUCUUGAAGGCCGCAGGCUUUGACAAGCCGGCGCGCACCAGAAUUCUGGAGCGCGAGGUGCAGAAGGAGAAGCACGAAAAGGUGCAGGGUGGCUACGGAAAAUAUCAGGGUACCUGGAUCCCCCUCAACCAAGGCCAGCAGCUUGCCCAGCGCAACAACUGCUACGACCGCAUACACCCCAUCUUCGAGUACACUCCAGGCAACGAAAGCCCGCCACCUGCCCCUCGUCACACAAGCAAACCCAAGGCACCAAAACGACCAGCUGUGCCAAAGUGGCCAGGUAAGCCAGCCUCUCAACCUGCCUCGAAUGCCCUGUUGGCAAAGGCUAAGACCCUGGCUUCAGUUGCUCCCACCGCCAGUCAAGAAACGUUUGACGCAGGCGACUCGAUGAUGCACGAUGAUGAUACCCCUGACAAUAUCACAAUUGCAUCCGCCUCAUACAUGGGCGAGGAUGAUCGCCUUGACUUGUCGCAGCAACAGCAACCAACAACUGGUCAUCGAAAGAGAAAACGUGACGAGGCUGCGAUCCAGGACAUGACACAGCAACAACAUUCCGUAUACGGAGAUGAGUUGUUGGAUUACUUCCUUCUCUCUAGAAACGAGAAACCAGCGCAUCGACCGGAGCCACCACCAAACUUCUUACCCAACUGGGUCAUCGACACUGAGAGUCACACGGCGCUACAUUGGGCUGCGGCGAUGGGCGAUGUCGAAGUCAUCAAGCAACUGAAACGUUUCAACGCGGAUCUGGCCGUACUCAACGUUCGCGGCGAGACGCCGCUCAUGAGGGCCGUUCACUUUACGAAUUGCUAUGACAAGGAGACCUUCCCGAUGAUUGUCCGGGAGCUGUUUGACACAAUCAACCUCCGAGAUCAUAGCGGUGCUACCGUCAUCCACCACGCCGCCACCAUGAAGAACGGCCGCGUCACCAGCCACUCUUGCGCUCGGUACUACCUCGAGGUCAUCCUUACCAAGCUGCAAGAGGCCGCCGAUCCCCAAUUCAUCCAGCAACUCAUUGACGCUCAGGAUCACGAAGGCAACACGGCGCUGCAUCUAGCCGCCGAGAGGAAUGCCCGCAAAUGCAUCCGUGCCUUGCUCGGACGUAAUGCCUCAACCAACAUCCCAAAUGCCGAUGGCGUCCACGCCGAGGAUCUGAUUAGAGACCUGAAUGCCUCCAAGAAGGAACAGCGCGGGCCCCACCGCUCGUCAUCGCCGUUUGGCCCAGAGUCGCAUCGACACGUCUCCUUUCGAGACGCCCUAACGGAUCAGAUGCCGUCGAAGCCCAACCUCUCCUACGACUCGGAGGCUGCCAACUCUGUCCACUCGCGCAUCGCGCCCCUGAUCUUUGAAAAGUUCAGCGACCUUUCUGCUAGCUACGACGAGGAGCUGCGCUCCAAAGUCGAUGCCGAGCGCGACGCCCGCCGGGCCAUCGCCGCCAAUCAGGCCGAGCUCAGCAAGAUCCAGCAGCAGAUUGCCGAGCUUGAUGCAAAGGCCGAAGCCGACGAGGACGCCGCCAAGAUCGCCAGCGAGGCCAAUCUCGCCAAGCACCAGGUCGUGUCCCUCAUCACAAACCAGAAUCGUCUUCACAUCCAGCAGUACGUGGACCAGGAGCUGAGCCUCCUCAACGGCGACGUCACCGACGGUUCCUACGAAGAGCGUCUCGAGCUCGCUCUGAAGCUGCACGCGUCGGUUAACGAGCUGCGCCAGUCCGAGGCCGACUACGUCGAUGCCCUGAGCAUGGUGGGUAUCGGCGAGAAUGUCGACAAGUACCGCCGGCUACUUCGGCAGUGUCUCGACCCUAAGGACGCCGAGAACCUCGAUAGCAAUCUCGACAGCCUCGUGGACAUGAUGGAGGAGGACCACGACAUCAGUGGCGAUAUGCAAGGCGCGGGUGUCGAGCCGGUUGACGUCAGCAUGGGCCUGGCCAUAUGA